AUGGGUGAUCGUGGUGGUAGCCGUGGCGGUCGUGGCGGUUUCGGCGGUGAUCGUGGUGGCCGUGGUGGCGGACGUGGCGGUUUCGGUGGUGACCGUGGUGGUCGCGGUGGCGGACGUGGCGGUUUCGGUGGUGACCGUGGUGGCCGUGGUGGCGGACGUGGCGGUUUCGGUGACCGUGGUGGUCGUGGUGGUGUCGCUAAGCGCGGCGCUCCCGGCGGCCGUGGUGGUCGCGGUGGUGCCCGUGGUGGUGCCCGUGGUGGUGCCAAGGUCACUGUCGAGCCCCACAGACACGAGGGUAUCUUUGUUGCCCACGGAAAGGAGGAUUACCUUUUGACCAAGAACUUGGUUCCCGGCGAGUCUGUCUACGGUGAGAAGCGCAUCUCGAUCGAGGGCGCUGAUGGUGCUAAAAUCGAGUACCGUGUCUGGAACCCUUUCCGUUCAAAGGUCGCUGCCGGUGUCCUCGGAGGUGUUGACAACAUCCACAUUGCCCCCGGCAAGAAGGUCCUCUACCUCGGUGCUGCCUCCGGUACCACCGUUUCCCACGUUGCUGAUAUUGUCGGACCCGAGGGUCUCGUCUACGCCGUCGAGUUCUCCCACCGCUCUGGACGUGAUCUCAUCAACAUGGCCAAGAAGCGCACCAACGUCAUCCCUAUCAUUGAGGAUGCCCGUCACCCCCACAAGUACCGCAUGUUGGUCGGUAUGGUCGAUGUCAUCUUUGCUGAUGUUGCCCAGCCCGAUCAGUCUCGUAUUGUUGGAAUCAACGCCCACCACUUCUUGAAGAACAACGGACAUAUUGUCAUCUCGAUCAAGGCCAACUGUAUCGACUCGACUGUUGAUGCCGCCACUGUCUUUGCUGGAGAGAUCCCCAAGCUUCAGGAGCAGCGCAUCAAGCCCCAGGAGCAAUUGACUCUUGAGCCUUUCGAGAGAGACCACGCCUUGGUUGUCGGAAAGUACGUCCGCUCCAAGUAA